AUGAUUCCUAUAUUAGAGGGUAUGCCGUCUUUAUUGGUGGAGUUACCGGGAGGUCAACCCUCCAUUGCAUCGCGCACGCACGAUGUCGACAUAUACGAGGUCGUUGACCUCCCUUCGUUUGGCCUUAUAGAGUGCACUCCGAAUGCUGCGGACAGUGCGGACUCACCGAUACUAGAGGAGGCUGGAGAGAGCGGCUCUGAACAGAAGCCGAAGCCUCUCGUUAAAUACGGGGAGCUGGUUAUACUAGGGUACAAUGGUUUUCUACCGGCCGGAGAGCGAGGCCGGCGUCGUAGCAAAUUCGUGCUAUAUAGGAGACCACAGGCUAAUGGAGUCCGUAGAUCAAAGCACUAUGUGGUGAAGACUCCCCACAGCAGCAAGGCUAUCCUGGACGCCAACCAGCACUCCAUAUCCUACACUCUUAGUAGGAACCAGGCAGUCAUAGUCGAGUACACAGAGGAUCCCGACACUGAUAUGUUUCAAAUCGGUAGAUCAUCAGAGUCUCCGAUAGACUUCGUGGUGAUGGACACAGUGGCCGGUGAUAAGACUGGUGAUACCAAAGUGUUACAGAGCACCAUAUCACGUUUCGCUUGCCGCAUACUGUCCGAUAGAAAUGACGUCAACAAUUGCCGCAUAUACGCCGCUGGGUUCGAUUCUUCUAGGAAUAUAUUUCUUGGUGAGAAGGCCACUAAAUGGACGGAGAAUCACGAGAUAGACGGUCUGACUACCAACGGCGUCCUCAUCAUGCAUCCUCGUGGUGACUUCUGCGGCGGUAGCGCCACCUGUGGUCCGUGGCGCGAGACCUCCGUCGGUGGAGCUGUGUUCUCACUGAGAGAGAGCCGCUCCGCUCAACAGAAGGGCUUGCCGUGUCAGGCGGAAACAAACGUUCUUAGAGACGGAACAAUGAUCGACCUGUGUGGAGCUACGCUGCUGUGGAGAAGUGCUGAGGGAUUAAAGAAUUCACCCACGAAGCGUGAUCUUGAAGCACUAGUAGACGAGCUGAACGCCGGCCGCCCGCAGUGUCCCGUAGGUCUUAAUACACUGGUCAUACCUCGCAAGCUCUCCUCGGCCCACCAAGACUUGAACCAGCCUUACGUUUACCUCAACUGUGGACAUGUUCAAGGUGAACAUUCGUGGGGCGCGGAAGGCAGUGAGACGGGCGUACGUCGUUGUCCUAUGUGUUUAACAGCAGGGCCUGUUGUUCGUGUUUGUAUGGGAAUAGAACCAGCCUUCUACGUUGACUCCGGACCUCCAACAUACGCCUUCAACCCCUGCGGACACAUGGCUUCAGAGAGAACAGUCAAAUACUGGGCGACGGUGGACAUCCCCCACGGUACGAACGGCUUCCACGCCAUCUGUCCGUUCUGCGCGGCUCCGCUGCAGGGCUCGCCGGGGUACGUGCGGCUCAUCUUUCAGGACAACCUCGACUGA